GCAUCCCUGCCAGCGACUUUGCAGGAACGGCGCUCCUGGAUUCGGUCGUUCUGAGGAUGGAGAAAAGGGCUCGGAGCUCCUCCAGAGAGGCCCACGGGAGAGGCAGCGGGUCCGCCCACAAAGAGAACAAGAGGGCGAAGGCCGAGAGGGGCGGCAGAGGCCGCGGGCGCCGGGACGCCGGGCCGGAGCAGCCGGCCCUCGGGCGGGCAGGGAGCCCGGGUGAGCCCCGAGCGCCUGCAGCCACCGUGGUGGACGUGGAUGAGGUCCGGGGCUCUGGCGAGGAGGGCACCGAGGUGGUGGCGCUGCUGGAGAGCGAGCGGCCCGAGGAAGGUACCAAGUCUUCCAGUUUAGGGGCUUGUGAGUGGCUUCUUGUCCUCACAUCCCUGCUCUUCAUCAUUGUGACCUUCCCUUUUUCUAUCUGGUUCUGCAUAAAGGUUAUACAGGAGUAUGAGAGAGUAAUUAUAUUCCGACUGGGACAUCUGCUUCCUGGAAGAGCCAAAGGCCCUGGCCUUUUCUUCUUUUUGCCCUGCCUGGAUACCUACCACAAGGUUGACCUUCGCCUCCAAACCUUGGAGAUACCCUUUCAUGAGGUUGUAACCAAAGACAUGUUUGUAAUGGAGAUAGACGCCAUCUGCUACUACCGAAUGGAAAAUGCCUCUCUUCUCCUAAGCAGUCUUGCUCAUGUGUCCAAAGCGGUCCAAUUCCUUGUGCAAACCACCAUGAAGCGUCUCCUAGCACAUCGAUCCCUCACUGAAAUUCUUCUAGAGAGGAAGAGCAUUGCACAAGAUGUAAAGGUUGCCUUGGAUGCAGUGACCUGUAUUUGGGGAAUCAAAGUGGAGAGAACAGAAAUUAAGGAUGUGAGGCUGCCAGCCGGGCUGCAGCACUCGCUGGCGGUGGAGGCCGAAGCACAGAGACAGGCCAAAGUGCGGAUGAUCGCUGCGGAAGGGGAGAAGGCUGCGUCCGAGUCCCUGAGGAUGGCAGCCGAGAUUCUAUCAGGCACUCCAGCUGCUGUUCAGCUUCGGUACCUCCACACCCUGCAAUCCUUGUCCACAGAGAAACCUUCCACAGUGGUUUUACCUUUGCCAUUUGACUUGCUAAAUUUCCUGUCUUCUCCAAGCAGUAGAACUCAAGGAAGCAUCCCUUUACCAAAUCCUUCCAAACCUGUUGAGCCACUGAACCCUAAAAAGAAAGACUCUCCCAUGUUAUAGGAGGAAACAAGGAUAAUGUGACUGCAAAGAGGGCUGCCAUAUAACAGCUACAGCCCUAAGCAAGGCCCUCUGUCCUCACUUCCUGCCCUUUGGUUGCCAUGUGGAAUGCCCUUGGAAUGUAUGAAGUCACAAUGCAGCAACACACGAGAAGACAGUGAAAUCAUGUAAUGACAGAGAAGCCAUAUAACAUGCUUAGGUGGAUCAUCUAAUCAGAGUAAUUAUGGGAAAGAGCUUUAGCCAGCAUUCUACUUUGGAAAGAAUUUUGAGUCUAUAUGUGGCUAAAUUUUGACUUCUGAAGAUGUAGUUCAAACGUCCUUUUCUCUGUAUGCCCUCUGGUCCCUUUGGCAAGGUCUUUGUUGCUCCCACAGCCCUUUCUACAUGUCCCUAUCAUUAUGCUUAUCACACUCUGUUGUAAUCUUGAGAUGCAGGCUUCUCUCCAACUCUCCAUGCAAGUGACACUUCCGUGUUUCUGAGUGAAUGAAAGAAAAAGAGAUGUACUUAGGCUGGAUAUAAA